AUGCCUCCACACGACGACGACGUCCGCGUCCCGCCACCCCGGCCCAGCCGGGGCCACCAGCCGUCCUUCUCCGCGGCGCUCCUCGACGCCAUCUACCACUCCCUCGAGGCCGACGCCGAGGCGCGCUCGUCCACGGAGGCGCGCCGGACCCGGACGCCGUCGUCCCCGGCGCGGCGGAUGCCGCUUCCGAGCCGACGUCGCCCGAUGCCCGAGCAGUCGCCGUCCCGUUCCUCGGUCCGGUCACCGCGGCUGCAGAAGACGCCGCGGCCGUGCCGCGUCCGCCCGGACCCGCAGCCCAACUCGAACGGCUCCCUCCUCAUGCCGCCUCCGCUCCCUCCGCCACACCCACACGAGCCGUCGACCGGUGACCGCCGCGUUGCGGACGCGGAGAUGAAGAGGGGCAGGAGGAAGAGGAAGAGGACGACGGCGAAGGCGGCGCCGUUCGCGUGCCUCCUGAACGCUCUGCUCUGCAACAGGAGGCCGGCCAGGUCGGUCGACCACACGCCGCGGGCAACGGCAACGGCCGCGGCGUCAUUCGCGGCGGCGCCGGAGCCGGCUUCGGCGAGGUCGAUCCUCUCGUCGCGCGCUUCCCGGAGGGAGUCCGCGGCGACGGGAGGGAUCCUGACCCCGGCGAGGCGGGCGGUGAGGUUCUCGCCCGUGGCGACGGUGGUGGACGACGAACACGGGCACGGAGUGGUCGGGACGGCGCCGACGGGGCUGCGGGACGCGGGGGCGGAGAUGGCGCGGGCGAAGGAGUCCGCGGCGGAGGCGGAGAGGAGGGUGGAGGAGCUGCUGCGCGCGCUCGGUGUGGCGGACGAGCGGGAGAGGGCCAAGGAGAGCAGCGAGUCCAGCUCCGACCUGUUCGAGCUCGAGAGCCUGGCGGCGUUUAAAGACAGAGACACCGAGAUGCCGCGUUCCAGAACCGCCGCCGGCGACGGUGCCGGGCUGCUGGCACGGCCGCAGCCCCGCGUAGCUGUGUAA